AUGUCAGAAAAGGAAACACUGGUGGGUUCCAGCGGGACUGAUGAGCUUUCUCAGAGAAUUGCAGGUUUUCUAGGGAUUUCAGACGAUGAAUUGAAACCGGUGCUUGCGGACCAUGUGUUGUCCGAUUGUUUGGUGAAUAAAUUACAGGAAUUUAACAAUUUACAAUCGAAUAAUUUGAGACUACAUGCUACUGUGGACGAAUUGAAGGCAUUGUGCACUAGUAAAGUAGAUUCUUUGAAAAAAGAGACUGAAAGAUUAAUCAGAGAGAAUGAUACGGAGAAGCAGAGGCGAAAUCGGCUCGAAGAGCAGGUUUCUCAAUUGACAAAGGAAAAGACCUUGGCUCUAGGACAAAUGGAAAACGUCAAGUUUGAAUUGCAAAACACAAUAGAGCAAAAAAAUGUCCUGAAGUCUAAUAAGCAAGAGGUUGUUAAGCUACUUGAAGAGAAGAUAAGUGAAUUAGAAGCUUCGAAGGUUGAGUCACAGGAAUUGGUGAAUGAUAAUAAGAAUCUGCGUCAGCAACUUAUGGAGACCCAAAAUGAAGUACAAACUCUCAAAUGCAAUGGACUCGGCGAUAAAUCAGAGCUCGAAAUAGUCAAACAACAGGUCGGAAUGCUUACAAAGAGUAACGAAUGGCUUGAAAAAGAAGUAACUUCAAAAACUGAACAACUGAUCAAAUAUAGGCAAGAAAAUGAUACAGAGUUGCAAAAGUCCUUGCAAGAAGUUGCACGUUUGAAAAACGAUUAUCAACUGGAGAAAAGCUCCAGAGAGUUUCUGUUAAAGAAAAAUCAGGAAAUUUCCCAGGAUCUGCAAAACAAGUUGUAUGAAAUCAAGAAAUUAAGUGAUGAGUUAAACACGGAAAAGCAAGAAUUCUCACGCGAAAUGUCACUUAAACAGAAAUUACUUGAUUUACAGGACGAACAGUUACAAUCGUUCAAAGAAGAACUCCGAUUAACCGAAGAAAAGCACAAUUCCACCGAAGCUGAUAACCUUCAAUCCACACAACAAGCCAGAUUUAUGGAUGAUUUAGCUCAGGUAAGACAACAGCUCGAAGAAUCGAACCACGAGCGGUUGCGUUUACAAGCUGUUGUCAAUGAGGUAAUGGGCGACAGUGAGGAGUUUGAUCUUGAUUCGACAGCCAAUGUUUCAAUACCGAAACUUUAUGGUGACAUUGGCGUGUUGAAAAAGCAACUGAUAAAGGAAAGGCAUCAAAAGGAGAAUUUACAACGUCAAAUCGAGUCAUUUGUUGUAGAGCUCGAAUACAAAGUACCUGUAAUCAACUCACUCAAAGAAAGAUCCUAUACACUAGAAAAGGAGCUCAGUGAUAUAGCAUUAUUGUUAGAGCAUACUUCUCAUGAAAAGGAAAGAAAGACGAGAGAGCUGGAAUCUGCCACGGGAAAGAUCAAACAGCUUGAGAUUAAUACACAUACACUCAUAAGACAAAGAUCUGAUCUUGCGCGUCAAGUACAGUUUCUUCUGUUCAACGGCACACUCCAAAAUGAUUCUCGUGGUCCACUUACUGCUGAUGAGGUUGCAUUCAUCAAGAAGAUCAUUGAAAAUGAAAAUCCAAGCAAUGAAAGUGACUCUCAAAGUAUCAUCACAGAGAGAUUGGUCGAAUUCAAAGAUAUUGCAACUUUACAGGAAAGAAAUACAGAAUUGUUAAAGACCGCCAGGACUUUGGCUGAUAGGCUUGAAGAGGAAGAAAAAAAUUCCAAUAUCAGAAUUGACUCUCUAGAGAGAAAAACCAUUGAUGAAGCUAAGGAGGCAAUAAUUACCUUGCAAGAGCGCAAUUCGGAGAUAGAAAGUAAGGUCUCAACUAUCGAGAAAGAACGUGAUGCUUACAAAGCUAUACUGUCACAAACGAGUCAGAGUUUCGACAAUUUGGGAGAUGCUGAUAGAAUGAAAGAUAGCCAGGAGAACCAAGAAUUGAUAAAGAGUUUAGAAGAUAAACUAUCAACUUUGACAACGGAAACGUCAAAGAACAAUGAACUGUUGAAUCAAGAAAUUCGGAAUUUAUAUCAGUCCAAGACUCAACUCACUAUCAGUCACGAGAAGGAAAGGUCAUCCCGAACUCUAGCCGAAGAUAGAUUGAAAUUAUUGCAAUCGACGCUGGAAAUGACCAAGAAUGAAAACGCAGAACUCAUUAGGAGAUCGCAUGAAUUGCAAUCCAUAUUGUCUAAACAAGAAGCAAGAAAUGGUGAGACAGUCAAUAAGUACAUUUCGUGUCAAUCAAAACUUUCAGUUCUUGAAGCCAGAGCCGCCAAUCUAGACGCCGAGAAAUCUCUACUCCAAUCAUCCAGUGACUCUUUAAGGAGAGAGAUUCAAAAGAUCUCAGUAGAGAGAAAUUCACUAAACCUUAUGGUCACGCAGCUGCAGACUUUGCAAUCGGAGCGUGAAAACCUUCUCAAGGAAUCACAGGCAUCCCACAAAGCUGCGAUUGCUCAAUUAGAAGUACAAACGAGCGAGUUGAAAACGGAAAUUAGCUCUAAAGACAACGAAAUCAAGGCAUCUGAAGAUGCUAAGAGAGCUCAGACCAAAUGGUUCCAAGAGAAGAUUGACGAAAUGUCGUCUGACGCCGGCAAGAUCAGAGACGAACUUGCUACUAAAACCGCAACAGUCGCACAAUUGGAAUUAGAAGUUAAUGAUCUAAAGAAAAAAAUAGAAGAAAGUGAUUCUCGUAUUGCUUCAUACAAGACAUUGAAUGACGCUGGGAAUGGAGAGACAACUCAAGGUCAGCUAAGGAAAGACUUAGAGAAGACGAUGAUUGAGCUCAAACAUGCUUAUUCACAGAACGAAGAAUUUAAGCAAAUAUCAUCCACCGCUGAGGAAACAUUGAAGAAUCUAAGCAAUGAAUUCGAGGAAAGGACAGAGGCAUUGAAAUCUAAUGCUGAGAAGUAUCUUGCUGAGAAGGUUCAAUUGGAACAAUGUGUCAGCAACUUGAAGAAAAACAUCGACUUUUUGAAUAACGAGUAUGCUCUGCAGAAGAACAGGUCCGAAGAAGAGAAGAAUGAAAUUCUAAAAAAACUUGUUUCUCUUGAAAGUAGUGAACAUUCUUUAGGACAGGUGAAGAAAGAGUACGACCAAAAGUUAUAUCAACUCCAAAAAGAUUUGGAACAACAAACUGCUUACGCUAACAUAGCUCAGAAAAACUACGAGGAAGAACUUCAAAAGCAUGCUGAAGUCUCCAAGAUAAUCUCUCAAUUGCGCUCUGAGGUCCAGAGUGGCAGAUCUGAGAUCCAACAAUUGAAAGCGUCAGAACAGCAGGCCAAAGAGGUACUGGAGAAUGGUGAAAAAAGCUGGUACAAUCAAAAGACGGAAUUGGAUGCUCAUAUUGAUGAUCUGAAACGCCAAGUGGAUAACAUAUCUAGUCAAAAUAAACUACUAUUCAGUCAGGUGGAACUUCUCUCUAAGAGUGAACGAGAAUUUGAAAACAAGCUUUUGCCGGGAAGUAGUGAACUCUUGAUUAGUCUGCGCCGUGAAAGAGAUAUCCUUGAAACUAAACUGACCGUCAGCAAACGGGAAGAAAAGCUUUUACACCAGAAGCAGGUUGCCCUUGAAGAUGAGUUAGCUGAAGCCAGAAAAAAACUGUUCAAGCUACAGGAGAAUGAUAGCAACCAUUCUGAUAUUGCUAAGCAGCACGAAGAUAUUAUGGAACAGCUGAACCAAAUGAAUUUAUUACGUGAAAGUAACGUUACUCUCAGAAAUGCGGUUAAUGCUGCCCAAGAGAAAAACUCUGAUCUUCAAUCUGAAUUGAAUCAUUUGCAAAGCAAGAUCUUACCACUGAACUCUGAACUCAGUGAAUGUCGUCAAUCAAUUGAGGAGAAGGACCAAAGAAUCAUAUUAUUGAUCGACGAGGCGGAUCGCUGGAAAGAGCGCUCUCAUGAUAUUUUGCGCAGACAUGAAAAGAUUGAUCCAGAGGAAUAUAGAAAACUCGAGGAAGAAAUCAGUAAUCUAAAGAAGGAACUCGAAGCAAAAUCAAAAGAGAACACUGACCUAAAUGAUAGAUUCACUAGGCUGAAGAAGCAAGCCCAUGAAAAACUUAAUGCUUCUAAGAUCGCGCAAGCAAAUUUAAGUGCUGAAGUAAAUGAACUGCAGGGGACCAAGACGAAGAUGGAGGAAAUUCUCAAGGAAACCCAGACCAAGGUCCUUAAUCUCGAGAAACUGCUGACAGAAAGAGACAGUGAGUCGGCUAACAAUGAGGACCUCCGUCACGAACUCGACGACGCUCUCGAAAGGUGUAAAGAAAUUGAAGUUAAGCUCGGAGAGACCGUUGGAAGUUCAGAGGGAUUGACGAGUCAACUGAACGAAGAGAUUAACUCGCUGAAAGAACAAGUUCGGAUCUUCAAGGAAAAAGAGAACGACUCGACAUUGGAAGGUAGCCAGGGCUUAUCCAAUGUUGUCGAAUCUAUGAAGAAGGCCUUCGAAGAGGAGAAGAUUAAAUUUAUUCAGGAGAAGACUGAAGAAUAUAAUAAGAAGUUUGAAGAAGAGAAAGCAAAACUCUCUUCAGAGAACGGAAGUCCAGCAGAGCCCGUAAGUGCACCUGACGUGAACAGUCUAAAAAAACAAUGGGAGGAAGAAUAUGAAGCUAUCUCGCAACAGAGAAUUCAGGAAGCAGAGGAAAAUCUUAAGAAGCGUAUUAGAAUGCCAACCGAGGAGAGGAUAAAGAAAGUCUUGGACAAGCGUAAGACAGAGCUGGAAGAGGAGUUUCAGCGCAGGCUGAAAGAAAAUAACCUGCAACCUGAAGGAGGAGAUGCGAAAGAACGAGAGGAGCUGAAGAAACAACUUGAAAGCGAAUUCGAAGCGAAGUACAAAGAAAUCUUGGCGUCCACAAAAAAGAAAGCUUUUGAAGAAGGUAAGCAGCAAGCCGCCAUGAAGAGCACCCUUCUUGAGAGGAAGAUUUCCAAGUUGGAAUCUCAGCUAAAUAGCAGUAAUAACCCUACUCCGGAAAAGGCUGCAGCGACAAGUGUUGGCUUGCCAACCAAAAUUGACGAGAGUAGGACUGAAAAUAUGGCUACAGGUACUCCAGCAUUUGGAGAAAAGGUUCUGAAACUGAGUGAUAAACCGGCGUUUUCUUUUCAGCCAUCGAGUAAGAGUAAUCCGUUUACUUCUGCACUGCCAGGAAAUAAUAACGUUUUUGGGAUGAAACCGACCUUUUCGUUCACUCCUGGGUCCUCCCAACCUGAAAGCCGCCCUACGUUUGGUUCUACAGGCUUCAAUACUACGGCAGAACCGGAAAGUAAUCGUUCAUCCUCUCAAAGCGAGGAGAGCAUACCAGAGAAGCAGGAAAGUGCCAGUGUUCAAGGGCAAAAUGGGAAGGUUGCUGAGGAAGCUGGUUCAAAUGUGACGACUACCCAAAAGCGCCCCGCAGAUGAUCAACCUGAUGACGAAGAGACACAUAAACGGGAAAAGCAACAAUCAUCAAGCCCUUUAGGCUAA